AUGUCGGCCGAAGAAGAUCUCAUCGACUACUCUGACGAGGAACUCCAAGCCACUGAAGCCCCAACUGCUACCGGUGCGACAAAUGGCGCCGCAAAGAAAGGCGAUCUGACAGUCAGCGGCGGAAAGACAGUUGACAAGGCCAAGGGCAGCUAUGUCGGCAUCCACUCCACAGGAUUCAGAGAUUUCCUGCUCAAGAGCGAGCUGCUACGAGCCAUCACCGACUGCGGUUUCGAACAUCCUUCGGAGGUCCAACAAAAGUGUAUUCCACAAGCCCUCCUCAGUGUCGACAUUCUCUGCCAGGCCAAAUCUGGUCUCGGUAAGACAGCAGUCUUUGUCUUGACCACCUUGCAUCAGCUGGAGCCUGUCCCGGGUGAAUGUUCUGUGUUGGUCAUGUGCCACACGCGAGAGCUUGCCUAUCAAAUCAAGAAUGAAUACGCCAGAUUCAGCAAAUACCUUCCAGAAGUCAAGACCGCAGUCUUCUAUGGUGGCACACCGAUUCAGAAGGAUAUCGAUCUUCUCAAGAAUAAAGAAUCCUUCCCUAACAUCAUUGUUGCCACACCCGGUCGACUGAACGCCCUGGUUCGCGACAAGGUUCUGUCAUUGCGCAAUGUCAAGGCAUUUGUUCUCGAUGAAUGCGACAAGAUGCUGGAUCAGAUUGAUAUGCGUCGCGACGUUCAAGAAAUCUUCCGCGCCACUCCUACGGAGAAACAAGUCAUGAUGUUCAGCGCCACCCUCCCAUUGGACAUUCGACCCAUCUGCAGAAAGUUCAUGAGAAAUCCCUUGGAAGUUUUCGUGGACGAUGAGACCAAGCUUACUCUUCACGGACUUCAACAAUACUCGAUCAAGCUCAGUGAAGGUGAGAAGAACCGGAAGCUCAAUGAUUUACUCGACAGUCUGGAGUUCAACCAAGUCAUCAUCUUUGUCAAGAGCACUCUUCGUGCCACUGAACUUGAUAAGUUGCUUCGCGAAUGCAACUUCCCGAGUAUUGCGGUUCACUCCGGAGUGAGCCAGGAGGAGCGUAUCAAGCGAUACAAAGAAUUCAAGGAAUUCAACAAGCGAAUCUGUGUCGCGACCGAUGUCUUUGGUCGUGGCAUUGAUAUUGAACGUAUCAACCUUGCCAUCAACUACGACCUGCCCGCCGAUGCCGAUUCAUAUCUUCACCGUGUCGGUCGUGCCGGUCGUUUCGGCACCAAGGGUCUCUCGAUUUCUUUCGUCAGCAGCGAAGCAGACGAAAAUGUCUUGAAAGAGAUUGAGAAGCGAUUCGACGCCCAAGUGCCUCCAUAUCCCGAAGGCGGCGUUGAUUCAAGCACUUACAUGGCCUCUUAA